CACUCACUUACCCCGCGAUCCAUUGGUGUAGCUCUUCAAGCUUCAUUAUUUUCUCUUUACUUACCUAUUACCUGGAUAUAUAGAAGCCAAACAAGGACAGGCUCGCCUUUUCUCCCCCUAGACUGCGGGACAUAUCAAGAGCCGAUACCUACAUACUACCUGAAACUUGCUUUCUGACUAAACUCCGAGCCAGGCUGAAGCCAGUCGCAGCAGUCAUGGACAGUCCCAUGGUAACGGAAACCCUUGAGCAGAUUCAGACACGGCAUCGUCGUGAGCUCAAGGACCUGCAAGGCCGCAUAACGGGAAAGAAGAAGAAUGCCACAAAGAAGACGCGCAAAGGCGUAAAUGACGAAUGUGCAGAGAUGGAACGUCAGCUGCGUGAAAAGCAAGCCGCCGAGAUUGCCUCUUUGAACAACAGCGAUGAUAACAACAGCGACGAAGGCGACAAUACCGCCGCCGAAGCUCAAAACCAGCCCCAGGAAGACAUUCUAGUGAAAGAGACCGAGAAGCUCUCUGUCUCAGAACCGGAACAGCAGCAGCAGCAGCAGCCGGGAAAGAAGCGCAAUCGUCAGAAAGAGCGGCUUGCUCGACGUGCUGCUGAGCAGGAGGCUGAGGCGCAGCGUGCAGAAGAGGAAGCAUCCAGUAUGACCAAUCACCGAGCCAAGGAGAGCGAAUAUAUGAAGUCGACGUUUGAGAAGCAUGGGCUUGUGGAGAAAGAUAUCGCGCCCGAUGGACAUUGUCUAUUUUCAGCGGUGGCGGAUCAGCUCGGCCAGAAUGACAUUCCUCUCGGAGACAGUGACACCAAGGAUCCAGCAUACAGGACGGUGCGACGAGUGGCUUCAGAGUAUAUAUUGGAGCAUGGAGACGACUUUGCGCCGUUCCUCGAGGAAGACCUCCAAGACUACGCUCGCAAGAUGCGAGAUACUGCUGAAUGGGGUGGCCAGCUUGAGCUCAUGGCGCUGGCACGACAGUAUAAAGCGGAGAUCCGAGUGGUACAAGAUGGGCGCCUUGAGCGUAUUGGGGAGAAAGAGGGAGCCGAGUCGGGCAAAACAUUAUGGUUGGCAUACUACAGGCACGGCUACGGCUUGGGAGAGCACUACAACUCUCUCCGAAAGGCACCAUCAUGAGAAGGAUAAGGAGAUCACUUUUGUUCUUGUGCGUACAUUGGCGAAAGAUCAUAUGGUGGUUGUUUGGUAUCGAGACGUAAAAAAAGGAGAUUCGGUGGCCAAACUAUUCAGCUUGGUUAUCGACUCCAGACUGAGAGGAAGUCAAGCACUGCGCCAUCUGGGCUGGUGCCGGCCUUGUGCGUUCGAGUUGGUUUGAGAAGACUCAGUCGAUGUAGGGCGUCGGCCCAAGGUUUUGAGCAAGGGUCUUCAUGGACGGUACCGUCGUCGUUGUAUGCAAUUUCUUCGCCAGGAGCUGCUAGGAGGGCUUCAUAGAGCUCCGGGGAGACUCCCCAUGGGGGACCAUUGGCGGACAUGGGUUUUGUCGAAGGGAAUUCGAGACAGACGAGGCGACCAUCAUGAGAAAGCAGCUCGGUCAUGCGCUUGGCCCAUUUUGGUCUUGCUUCGCGAGGCAGAGCGCACAGAAACUGUACAGUUAGUUGGCUUGCUGAAAAGUAGAGGCGCCCAGGAUAUGUAUCAACCCUGGGCUUCAAGAAGUGGAAUUACCGUAUAAUCGUAGAUCAGGUCAAACUUGCCAUCAGCGCCAGCACCUUUGGCCCAAUGUUGUCCGAAGAAGUCACCAGUAAUCCAGUGAAUCUUUCCUUUAUCCAACCCAUCG